GAAUUUGAUAUUUCUGUUGUCAUGACUUGUUGUACAGAGUAAUGGCGGAUGUUUUGGACGUGAAUAGUGGAUCGGCAAAAUUUGCCAAAAAAGGUAGAAGAGCUAAAAAAACGGUUAAAGAUAAAGAUGAUCCAAUUUCUAAUGAGUUUGAUCUACAUAAAGCUAGUGAUAUAAAGACCACUAACCUUCCGGAAUGUAAAAUAGGCGGUUGGAACAAGGGUGAAAUUUCGCACAACGUAUUUUUUGGAAAAAGAGCUGAUGAAGAUACACUAGAUUUUUGCAAAGCUUUACGUAGGGAAGAAUCUGAUGAAGAACUCGAGAUACCGAUUGUUCCUGAUUUAAGUAGUGUUGAGGACCAGUCCACCGCAUUUCAGGGUGCGGUCGCACCAAGGUACAUGAAUUUUCUGUCAAUUGCCUUAUCAGUUUCUUGUAUGUGUUAUUAAAUACCAAUGAAAUUAUGAAAGUUAAAAUUUAAUUUGUAGUGUAUCUUUUAGGACUAGAAUCUUUUGAUAUUUUGACUCAUGAAAGUUUAAACGAGUCUGCACCAGCCUUUAUUUUUAACACUUACUUAUUUAUUCCCAUCCCUUUCGAGAUUUUUUUGUAGGUAGAUUUUUCCAUAUUCUGUGUGAUCUUCACAUGGUCAUAAAAAAAUUCAGUCAUCAAAAUAGUAUAAGAACAGUGUUUGUUGUCGAUUACUGAUGUACAAAAGUACUUUUUGUGUAUAUUUUGGGGAGUUCACUUGCUCAUUUGUUAAGCUCUAAUGCCUUGUGGUUAAGAUCUGAAUUGACUGAAAAGAAAUUUAUUAGAUCGAGUAUUGGUCCCCAUCACCAACUUUUUGUACUCUUCUUCCUAUAUAUCCAAGCUUACUUCAUAUAAAAAUUAUGCUUAAUGGGCUUCUUUUGAUUGUCUAACGGAUA